CACAAUAUUCAAGAAACAACGUCAAACUUUGCCAGGAUAAAACCUCCGUCAGGAUUCCUAAAUGUACUAUAAAACGUUUUGCAUUCAAACUGAUCACAAUUCGAAGUGUUUCAGUUCUUGAAACACAAAAAUAAUUCAAGAAAAUUAACGCAUAGGUUCCAUUUAAAAAUGUCGGCUACGGUAGCAACUCCAGUGCUGGGUUCAACCCCCGGCAUUGCUUCAGCCAGUAAUGUCUUCUAUUUCCUCUUGGUACCAGCAAUGAUAUUAUGGUAUGCUUACUGGAAAAUCUCAAGGAAGCACUUGGAAGAACUUGCAGCAAAAUUACCAGGACCACCUGGUUAUCCUUUGAUAGGAAAUGCUCUAGAUUUUUCUGGCACCUCACACAUUAUCUUCAACCAUAUGAUCGAGAAAUCAAAGGAAUUUGGAAAAAUAAUCAGGAUGUGGAUUGGACACAAACUCUUCGUAUUCUUGAUGCAUCCAGACGACGUUGAGCUCAUCUUGGGUUCUCACGAACACAUUGACAAGGCUCCCGAAUACAGAUUCUUCAAACCAUGGUUGGGAGAUGGUCUUCUCAUCUCAACUGGUCCCAAAUGGAGGGCACACAGGAAACUGAUUGCUCCCGCUUUCCAUUUGAACGUACUCAAAUCUUUCAUCGACCUCUUCAACACCAACAGCUUGGACGUUGUUAAUAGGCUGAAGAAGACAAUGGGAAAAGAAAUCGAUUGCCAUGACUACAUGUCUGAGGCUACCGUGGAAAUACUUUUGGAAACUGCCAUGGGUGUAAGCAAAAAGACUCAAGACCAAAGCGGUUACGACUAUGCAAUGGCUGUCAUGAAGAUGUGCGACAUCCUCCAUCUCCGUCAUACCAAAAUGUGGUUGUACCCUGAUGUCCUCUUCAACCUCUCCAAAUACAAGUCAUACCAAGAUAAACUUAUCAACACCAUCCACAGCCUUACUCGUAAAGUAAUCAAAUCGAAGAAAGCAGCCUUCGCCAAAGGAAUCCGUGGAUCCAUUGCUGAGGUCCCAGAAAAUCUUAAAUCCAAAUCCGUUGACAACACCGAAGUUAAAACUGUCGUCGAAGGUCUAUCCUUCGGACAAUCAGCUGGAUUGAAGGACGAUUUAGAUGUUGACGAUGACAUUGGAGAGAAGAAACGUAUGGCUUUCUUGGACUUGAUGAUUGAAGCUUCCCAGAGUGGCGUUGUCAUCAAUGACGAGGAAAUUAAGGAACAGGUCGAUACCAUUAUGUUUGAAGGUCACGAUACAACUGCUGCAGGAUCUAGUUUCUUCCUUUGUAUGAUGGGCUUGCAUACCGACAUCCAAGAUAAGGUAUACGAGGAGUUGAAUGAGAUCUUCAAGGGAUCCGACAGGCCAGCAACAUUCGCUGAUACUUUGGAAAUGAAAUAUUUGGAGAGAUGUCUUAUGGAGACCCUUAGGAUGUACCCACCAGUGCCACUUAUUGCAAGGCAGCUUAGGAGAGACCUCAAAUUGACCUCCGAGGACCUUACUGUACCAGCUGGAUGCACCGUUAUAAUACCUACAUUCAAGAUCCACCGUGACCCUGUUACCUACCCCAACCCUGAGAAAUUCGACCCUGAUAACUUCUUGCCAGAACGCACUGCUAACAGACAUUACUACUCUUUCAUUCCCUUCAGCGCCGGACCCAGGAGUUGCGUUGGUCGUAAAUACGCCAUGUUGAAACUGAAGAUCCUUCUGUCUCAUCUCUUGAGAAACUUCAGGAUUGUGUCUGAUGUUCCAGAGGCAGACUACAAACUGCAAGCUGACAUCAUCUUGAAACGAGAGGAUGGUUUCAGGAUAAAACUUGAACCAAGAAAGAAGGUUGCUGCUUAAUUUCACGACGUGAUAAAUUGUGUAUAUGCUGUAUAAAAACAAAACUAUGAAAACAUAGGAAUUGUGAAGUGAUCAAACGUAUUUUUAUUUAUAUUUAUAGAAUUAUAUAGGUACAAUGAUGCAUAACUAAUAAAAGUUAUAGGGACUGA